AUGGAUCCCCUUUACGCAAACGGAAAUUGGACCAAUGAUUCUCUUGCUAAUGACACCAUAGUAAUUUCAAAUCAGUUUAUUCAACCAGUGUGGCAGAUUGUUCUAUGGGCAAUCGCUUACAGCAUGAUAGUUAUUGUGUCGGUAGUUGGCAACAUCACAGUCAUAUGGAUCGUUUUAGCACAUAAACGGAUGAGAACUGUGACCAACUAUUUUCUGGUCAAUCUUGCUUUUGCGGAGGUGUCGAUGUCAGCGUUCAACACCGUUAUCAAUUUUGCUUAUGCAGUGCACAAUGAGUGGUACUUUGGGCUGGUAUACUGCCGUUUCCACAACUUCUUUCCCAUCGCCGCCGUCUUCGCAAGCAUUUACUCUAUGACUGCAAUAGCACUGGACAGGUAUAUGGCUAUAAUCCACCCUUUGCAGCAGCGGCUGUCAUCCACAGAGACCAAGCUGGUGGUGGGAGUGAUCUGGGUGCUAGCUGCUCUCUUGGCUUUCCCUCAGUACUACUAUUCCAGCACAGCCCAGCUGCCUGGGCGGGUAGUCUGCUACAUUGACUGGCCUGAGUACACUCUAUGGGACUUCAAAAAGAUGUACUACGUCUCUUUGGUAGUGUUAAUCUACUCACUGCCUUUACUUGUAAUGGGUUGUGCCUAUUUGGUGGUGGGACUGAGCUUGUGGGCCAGUGAGAUCCCAGGAGAUUCCUCAGAUCGCUACUGUGAGCAACUUGCUGCUAAGCGUAAGGUGGUGAAAAUGAUGGUAGUGGUAGUGUGCACCUUUGCUAUCUGCUGGCUGCCCUUUCACAUCUACUUCCUACUGCACCAGUUCUUCCCACACUUGUUUGAGGAGCGCUUCAUCCAGCAGGUGUACUUGGGAAUUAUGUGGCUUGCCAUGAGUUCAACUAUGUACAACCCCUUCAUUUACUGUCUCCUUAAUGACAGGUUCCGUGCAGGCUUCCAGCGAGCGUUUGGCUGGUGUCCUUGCAUCUCUGCAGGUUCAUACGAAGGUUUGGACCUCAAGUCCACCCAACCUCUUCAGAGGCAAGUUAGCAUGUACAGGGCUAGCCGCAUGGAAACCACUGUCUCCACGGUGAUACAGCCUGUCGGGGAGGAUCUUCAGGGAAGCCAGAAUCAUCAUUCCCUGGAUUUGACCUCAAAUGGCUCCUUGCACAGUGCAUCUAAGACUGUUUCUGAGCCAUCCAGCUUCUACCCCCAGUAA